AUGACUGAUACUGAUGAAGCCAAGACUUCAGCUUUUGACAACUUUGAAGAUUCCCAAGAUCUAAUAUGUAUGCCUCAAGAACAACAGUCUAAUGUGCAUAAACAUGUAACUGCAAGGAAUUCAUGUUUAGGCUCUGCACAGAAAGAUUCUAUAUGUGAAAAUUCUUCACAGGAAUCCUACACCAGUGGUAGAUCUUCCAAAUGUUUCACCCAAUUGACCACUGUCCCAACCAAUGCCUUGCUGGAUGACAGCGAUUCAGAGACUGACCUUUCUGAUUCGACUGGCAGCUUGUUCCAACCUGAGUGUAACAUUACACCCUCAGCUCGAAGUUCAGCAAGACACUUGGCAAAGUCUCCAGCAAAUACAUUGAACAGAGACACUUCAACUGACUCUUCUCCAGAUCCUGGAUCACCAUUUAAGUUGGCUAAAUCCCCAGGGCUGUCUAGAUCUGCACCCAAUUUGAAAUCCAGUUUUGAUUAUCACUUGAGGAGGAAAUAUAGGAGACGAGCACGUCAAAGAUGUAAGGAGAAACCAAAAGAGAAAGAGAAGAGAUAUAAGAGCACAGGAAAGCCUAGAGGGAGACCACGGCUAACUGCUUCACAAGAAGAGCAGAAAAAAAGACUUCUAGACAGAGGCUUUCAGUUUCCUUUUGUGGAAAAAGAAUAUGGAAGGAAACAUCUCCCCAUGAAAAUGAUUGUUGAAUAUGAGCAAGCAGCUUUAAAGGGAUAUUUCCAAUACAUUAAGAUGCUCAAGUAUGAAGAACAUCUCAAAAAGGCUUUAAAAAACCUGAAUGCUAGUGAGGAUUUAGAAAAUGAAUGUAUGGCGAUGCGGAAACACAAAUACUUAGAUGAUGAAGGACCCAUUUCUCCUAUUCAGGAGACAAAUGAAGAUGACCACAACUUGGAUCCUGAUCAAGAAGAAUUUGGUGCCACAAUAGUUGAGAACAGCUGUUUCAUAUUAAGCAGCAAACUUCCAAGCAAGAAAAAAUCAAAGACAAAAGCAAAACAUGCAAAUCUGAUCAGAGAAGAUGAAGAAGAGGAAGAAUAUGCUGCUGAUGGGCCUGGGCCUGUACAUGAGAUACUACAUGGAUCAGAAAACUAGUACAUCAUGGAACCCCAUAAAUGCUGGUUGCUGUAACCCUGACUCUGAGCAUGCAUGUCUGCAUAUGCUGCUCCGCCUAGCAAAAACACAUUCACUUCAGACAAAUGUGAACAUGUUCACAUUGUUCAACAUUCCAACUAAGGAAACUGUUCAACAUUCCAACUAAGGAAACUGUUCAACAUUCCAACUAAGGAAACUGUUCAACAUUCCAACUAAGGAAACUGUUCAACAUUCCAACUAAGGAAACUGUUAUUGCAGUUGAUUGGUCUAGCAUCAUCUAGGUUGUAAAUAUAUAAUUUCAGUCUCCUUUGGGCUUGAACAUGGGAAACAUCCUCUCAGCAUGAUUUGAAAAACUUCAUGCUGGAUCUGGGACUGGAGUUUUUGCUGGUUCAAUUGGCCUUUUUUGGAGGGGGAGAGGAACCAUUUUAGUUUUUCUGCUGCAAGAGUUUCUGGAACUUCCAAAAUACAUUGAUGAAAUCAAAAUGGAAAUAUGUAGCUGGUUGGUGAAAAGGGGGGGGAAUUUCCUAUGGCAUUCUGACUGUAGAGAAACACAAGCUGACUGCGGUCACGCUCAGGAAGAUCAUCUUCAUACUGAGAAGCUCCUGAUAUCCAGUGCCCUAGAAUGACUUCUUGCAGACCAAAGCCAAUUUGAGCAAGCUUUAGGAUCUGAGGGGUGCCAAGGUUACACAAAUCUUUCUUGGGCAAACAGAGCCUUUUAAAGCUAAAUCUAAUAGGGGAAGAAAGCCAGCAGUAUAUGGACUACUAAUUUAGGGAGUCCAAAUAACUCUGGAACACACAGUCACAAAUCACAUUUUCUUCUGAUGUCUUGGUGGAGCACAUGUUUAGGAAGCAAGGCAAGUGAAGUGAUUACAAAGCCUCCUGGUCAACCAGAAAUGAGGAGAUGCCUGUUCACGAGGCACUAGCUUAGUUAACACUCAACAUGGAUUGAAAAUCUUGUCACAAAAGGAAAUGAGCAAAUUGCUGGAGGGACUUCACUACACUAGACAGACCAGAUUUCAUUGAUGAAAGAAUUGUUUGAAACACAGUAUCAUGACACCAACUUGUUUGACAGUGUCUAUUGCUGACAAAUCAUUGACCGCAAAUUCCAAAUGAAGACCAGGCGCUGACAUGGGUAUGGAGAAGACUUUCUAGCUGUAUUGCAAAGGUCAGUGAGAUCCCUCCCUAAGCUGUGGACAACCUUAAAAUGUCUUGAGUUUGCACUGCUCCACUGGAUGCUGCUGUAGUAAACUUGAUUACUGAACCUAAACUUGAUAACUGUCACAUGUAUUUUUAAAAACAUGCUUUGGAGGAUUUAAUGGAAUGAGUCAACUUCUAAUCAACAGGAAACUUCAGGGUGAACUGCUACAUUGGCUUUAUGAUUGAGUCAGUUGUAUAUUGUGAUCCCUGGAAAAUGACACAUUCUAAAGUUAUUUGAGAACUUACUUGCAAAUAAGUGGCAGUCAUUCAAUAAAUAUCAUACUAUGUACAAA